AUGUCCGCCAAACGGCGCACGGGCCCCGGAAAGCGGGUAACCUUUGCGCUGCCAAAUGAUGAAGCUACUGACCCAGCUCCAACAUCUGCCCCGACUGCCUCUCCCUCGACUCGCAAUUCGCUGGGCAAACCUGCAUCGGGUCAUGUGCCAGCCAAAAAAACUUUCUGGCACCCAUUCAGCGAGCAAGACAGAAUUGUAAUCCGCAACGGCUAUCAACCCCAGUGGGCUACCAAGAGUCCGACUUCCGAAGAACCUCCCGCAAAAGAUCGCGCCAAAGCCGCCGCCAACGCUUCCAAAGAAGCUGUUGACAAAGCUGCUCCAUCCCUCUCUUCUGCAUCAUAUCCAUCCAAGGGCGCAAAUAAUCCCACCAAGUCCAGAAUGGCUGAACCCCGUGCUCGAGUCGCCCGCCACAAGGGUCAGAUGAACUUUCCCGCAGAGCUUCGUCUCCUUCUCCUCGCAUAUGGAGAUCCAAGCCCCCACCCAUCCUUCUCCAGCGAGCCUCUCCCAGAAACAGUUCGCGUCCUCGAUGAAAUCGUCACCGACUUCGUCUUGGAGGUGUGCCACGGUGCCGCUCAAGUCGCGCAUCAUGCCCGUCGCCAAAAAAUCAAGGUCGAGGACUUCCGCUUCGCUCUCCGUCGCGACCCCAACAAGCUUGGUCGUGUUCAGGAAUUGCUGCGCAUGGAGCGUGAGCUGAAGGAAGCUCGUAAGGCUUUCGAUCAAAAUGAUGAUCAGGUCGCCAAGGACGCCGGCAAAAAGGGUGCCGCUGCGGCUGCUGCGGCUGCUGCCGCCGGAGAGGACCCCGAGGCUGCUGAGGCUGCUGCUACCGCUGGGGCUUUGAAGAAGGCUAAGGGAAAGGGCAAACGUGGUGCCGGUCCUCGUCGUGGCUCGGAUGCUACUGAGGAAUCUGUUUCGAAGAAACGCAAGACUCUGAACUAG